UCAAGGACUAUUCCAGCAACACAACAGCAUUCCAUCCCAACUUGUCUCUUGACCAUCAUCAUCAAUCAACCAUCUAAUUUCCCCUUCAAUCAACCACCUCCUCCUCACCUCAAUAUGAAGUCGAUCAGUGCCGUCCUCAUUGCCCUCCUGGCUACCUCCGUCUCUGCGGGCCCUAUCAUCCCCGCUGUGACCAUCGCCCUGGCCAACGACCAGACUGGUGCACAGGGCAGCGCCGCCGUCCCCGCCGACGGCAGUGUGCAGAGCAUCUCGGCUCUGUACGGAAACACCGGAGUCGGCUCUGGUGGUGUGGUCAAGGCCUCGUCGGCGCAAUUGACCAACUUCCAGGCGAACACCAACUGCGUGAUCACGAACUACGGAUCGGUUCUGGCUACCCUGAACUCCCGGAACACCUAUGUGGACCUGGAUGGAAACCCGAGUGCGGCGCAGCCAGUGGACCUGAGUGCUGCCACUGUCAAGUGCACUGUCUAGACGCUAUUGUUAUAAGCGCAUGCCGCUUAGGAUAUAUGGUGAGAGGGGCUAGAUUUUGGGUCAUAUUGAUCAGAAGGUGUCAAUGAGGUUGCGUAUAGGAGGGAGAUCAUGAAGGAUUUCGGGU